UAUAUAACACUCGAUCCCUGUCUCUCAAUACACACUACAUAUAUAUACAUCUCUCUCUCUCUCUCUCUCUCUCUCUCUCUCUCGAUCUCGAGGAGUUAGACAUGGGAUCAGAGGCUGUGGAGGAGGUGCAUCAUGAUGAGAUCAACGGCUACGGUAACGGCGGAGCCAAGGAGCUGGGCGAAGAGGAAUGCAAAUGGUUCGAGGAAGAGAUCGACAAGGAUCUCAAGUUGUGCUACGCUUUGAACAGCGUGCUAUGCAAAGGGGCUAGUGAGUAUCAAGAUAUAGCUUUCCUUGAUACGAAAUACUUCGGAAAGGCUUUGGUGCUUGAUGGGAAGAUGCAGAGCACUGAGGUGGAUGAGUUCAUUUACCAUGAGUGCUUAAUCCACCCUUCUCUUCUCCUCCACCCCAAUCCAAAAAUGGUGUUUAUUAUGGGCGGUGGAGAGGGCUCCGCCGCGAGAGAAGUACUCAAGCACAACACCAUCCAACGUGUGGUCAUGUGCGACAUAGACCAGGAUGUGGUGGACUUUUGUCGGAUGUACUUGACGGCCAACCACGAGGCCUUCGCAAGUGACAGGCUCUGCCUCGUCAUCAACGACGCAAAGAAGGAGUUGGAGAACAGGGAGGAGAAGUACGACGUGAUCGUCGGCGACCUCGCUGACCCCGUCGAAGGCGGGCCGUGUUACCAGCUCUACACCAAAUCCUUCUAUGAAAAUGUGAUCAAGCCCAAGCUCAACUACCAAGGCAUAUUUGUCACCCAAGCUGGGCCAGCUGGUGUUCUCACUCACAAGGAGGUUUUCUCAUCCAUAUACAACACCCUGAAGCAUGUAUUCAAAUAUGUGCUUGCAUACACAGCUCAUGUUCCCUCUUUUGCUGAUACAUGGGGAUGGGUUAUGGCAUCUGAUCACCCAUUUACGCUUAACGCUGCGCAAAUUGAUGAAAGAAUCGAAGAUAGGAUCAACGGAGAACUGCUUUAUUUGAACGGCGACUCCCUCAUUUCCUCCACCACCAUGAACAAGAGUGUUCACCAAUCGUUGUUGAAGGAGACUCAUGUUUACACAGAGGAUGAUGCAAGAUUCAUCUAUGGACAUGGGAAGGCUUGUUAGGCUUAGUUUCUAUCUCUCUUUCUCUUUCUAGAAGAAGUUCAAUGAAAAACUUAAGAAGAAGAUCUAAUGUUGGCAUUCUUUACAUCUUUUACACAAGAACAGAAUAAAGAAAGUAAAAGUGUUGCUGACAAAGCCAUAUGAUAUGGAAACAGUGCAUUGUAAAAAUUAUGAUGAUAUGGUUUCUCUCCUCUCUUAUGUUUCAAAAGAAUGAUGAUGUGGCUCCUGCUCAUCUUGUUACAGGAUU